AUGGCUGCGCGGCUCUUUCUGGCCCUUCUUUUAUCAUUCUCCUUCCAGCUUUGCUCUUGUGCUCCCCCAUGGCAGAUCAUGACCACUGGCUCAUACAUGACUCCAGAAGAUCAUGAGAGAAUCUUUCUCAUCUCACCAGAUACCACCUUCUCUUGCGGCUUCCAUCGAGUUGGAACAAAUGCUUUCACCUUCUCCAUCUGGUACACCGCCGUGAAAACGGUUGUCUGGACGGCAAAUCCCUACUCCAUGGUGAAUGGCUACUAUUCCCCAGUGAACAUUUACGGCUCCAGGAUAUCUCUGAAACACAAUGGAAACCUGGUCCUGACAGAUAACAAUGGCUCAAUGGUAUGGGAAAGCAAGACAUCUUCAGGCAAGCACACAAUUGUUUCCCUCCUCAACACUGGCAACCUUGUUAUCAGUGAUUCUGGUAAUAAUACUGUAUGGCAGAGCUUUCACUCACCAACAGACACCUUGCUCCCUUGGCAAAACUUGACGAAAGACACAAGGUUAGUCUCUGGUUACCAUCACCUCUAUUUUGACAACGACAAUGUCUUGCGCCUAUUAUAUGAUGGCCCAGAGAUUACAAGCAUCUACUGGCCAAGUCCAGAUUACAAUGCACUGAAAAAUGGACGCAAUAGAUAUAACAGCACCAGGGUAGCAUUUCUUGAUGACAAGGGUAAUUUUGUGUCAAGUGAUGGGUUUAAAAUAGAGGCUUCAGAUUCAGGUGCUGGGAUCAAGAGGAGGAUCACAAUUGAUCACGAUGGCAAUUUCAGAAUGUACAGCUUGGAUGUGUCAACAGGGAAUUGGGUGGUCACAGGGCAGGCAGUAAUACAGAUGUGCUAUGUGCAUGGAUUAUGUGGUAAGAAUGGGCUUUGUGACUACUCAGGGGGCCUUAAAUGUAGAUGCCCUCCAGAACAUGUGAUGGUUGAUCCAACAGGUUGGAACAAGGGAUGCAAACCAGCAUUCACAAUUGGCAGCAAUCAACCACAUGAGGAUUUCACAUUUGUUAAGCAACCUCGUGCAGACUUCUAUGGCUUUGAUCUGAGCUCUAAUCAAUCCAUCUCAUUUAAAGCAUGUAGGGACAUUUGCCUGAACAGCAGCUCAUGUAUAUCUUUCACAUACAAGGGUGGGGAUGGUUGGUGUUACACUAAAGACAUACUCUACAACGGUCAGGUGUACCCAUAUUUCCCAGGAGACAACUACAUGAAAGUACCAAAGAGUUUCAACGGAUGGUGCCUUUUUUUCAGACAGAGUAGCAUGCCCAAAUCAAUGGAGGAUGGAUACAAGAUGAUAAGAAACCAGUUCAGGCGGUUUACAUACAGAGAAUUGAGUGAAGCAACUGACGAAUUCAAAGAAGAGAUUGGGAGAGGGGGUGCUGGAAUUGUUUAUAGAGGAGUACUUGAAGAUAAGAAAAUAGUGGCAGUAAAGAAACUCACAAAUGUUCAACAUGGAGAAGAGGAAUUCUGGGCGGAAGUGACUCUAAUUGGAAGGAUCAAUCACAUAAAUUUGGUCAGGAUGAUGGGAUUUUGCUCUGAAGGGGAAAGCAGGUUAUUGGUAUAUGAGUAUGUGGAGAAUGAGUCACUGGACAAGUACCUCUUUGGUGAGAGAAGUACUGAAAGUCUGCUCGGUUGGAGCCAAAGGUACAAGAUCGCCUUGGGCACAGCAAGGGGUCUUGCUUAUCUUCAUCAUGAAUGCCUUGAAUGGAUUGUCCAUUGUGAUGUGAAGCCAGAAAACAUACUCCUAAGUCGAGAUUUCAAUGCCAAAAUAGCGGACUUCGGACUAGCCAAGCUUGCAAAGCGAGAUAGCGCUAACUUCAAUUUCACCCAAAUGAGAGGCACGAUGGGCUACAUGGCACCAGAAUGGGCACUGAAUAUGCCGAUCAAUGCGAAGGUCGAUGUUUACAGCUAUGGAGUUGUGCUUCUGGAAAUUGUGACUGGAACUAGGGUUUCAAGUGGCAUAAUUGCCAACGAAAGACAAAUGGGGUUUCCAGACUUUAUCCAGGAGGCCAAACAGAUUCUGGCUACCGAGAAUAUUAAUGAUCUAGUGGAUGCAAAAUUGAAGGGGCAUUUCGAUCUAGAGCAGGCUACUGCAAUGGUGAGAAUAGCUGUUUCAUGCCUUGGAGACAGAAGCAAGAGGCCGACAAUGGACGAAGUUCUGAAGUCUCUUAUGUCAUAUGAUGAUGAAGACUACCAUCCUGCCUAUUCAUAUUGAUAUGAGCUGAUGCAAAGAUUUGGGCUAUCCGCCCUGUGUGUCAACUCUG